CAGGAAGUCGUUGGAGCGUUGCUUCUAUGGGAAUGUUUUGAUGGAAGAUAAAUCACAGACUACAAUACAAAGGUCAGACACAGAAUUAGCUGCUGCGGAGACACUUGGCCACGUCACAUGCUCCAGGAAGGCGGUGGGGAUGCAAGAUGGACCCACGAGAUUGACUGAAGAGCAACGAGAAGCCAACAUGGGGUCUUUUUGGAAAAAGAUAAGCCAGGCGGCCGAGGGUAGAAUGCUGCGGUUCAGCAGAGCUCGCUGCAAAUGUUCGCAGGAGGGAGCGGCCGUCGACGUCUGGGAGGAGACCAAGAUGACCGGUGGGGGGAUGCAGACUGUGGCCGACGGAGAGUGGGACAACCUCAGGACCACCGCCGACACAUGCAGGCGGCCUAGACUCACCCUGCAAGAUCACCGCAGCAACACCUCAGAGUGGCACUGCAAGGAGAGCAGCGUUGCAGUCGUGCUGCCGCAGAAACCGGACGAGCUGGAAGAAACUCCCGAGGAGGAAAAAGUGGAAGUGAUCAAAGUUUACCUCGACAACCGUCCCGGGACGACGGAGAGCGUCAGGAUGCUGACAGACGAGGUGUCGCAGAUCCAGGAGGUGAGGUACUGUCUGAAGACGCUGAGAGAGCAGAUGGCAGCAAGACAAAACAGUAACAUGAAGAAGUACCCCAGCAAUGGCCAAAGAGUGAACACCCCCAACCACCGAGCAGCCGUCACCAACGGCAACAGCAUUCACGACCACACGGGCAACGCUGACGUGGUGGAUGAUAAUCAGGUGCAGAGCCUGCGCGAGGAAACCAAGCGGCUUUACGCGCAAAUGAAGGACAUGGAGAGCCGCCACCGAGAGGAGAGAGAGAGACUGCAGAUGGACUCCGAAGACCACCGCGUCCGUCUCGCGGCGCAGUCUGGGCGUCUCCAGAAGGCGGAGGAAGAGGCCGAGAAGAGGGGGCGGCGGGUGGAGGAGCUGCAGAGGCUGCUGGCAAACAUGGAGGCGGAGAGUGGCGACCUGCAGGACAAGAUGGCAGCCGAUGAGGCCGAGCUGCUGCGGCUUAAAGCAGACAAGGGAGAAGGAGGGGAGGAGAAGGAGCAGAGGUGUAAUGACCUGGAAAAAGAGGUUGCCGCCCUGAAGGAGAAGAUCCAUCACCUGGACGACAUGUUGAAGAGCCAACAGAGGAAAGUGAGACACAUGAUUGAGCAGCUGCAGAACUCUCGCACUGUUCUCCAAGAGAGAGAUCGAGUCAUCAAGGAUCUGGAGGAGAAGGUGGCCUUUCUGGAAGCCGAGAACAGAGAAAUGCAUGACCACAUGGACUACUUCCUGUCGGGCCAGGAUCCUCCGCCUCUCAAAUGUGCUGAGAGCAAGCCAGUGAUCAUUUACAGCAAACCUCUCACGCCAUCAACGCACAGCAACAAGUCCCUCCCCUUCAUCAAAGUCAUUGAGAUCAAAUCGUGAACGGCCAAGGAGUCAAAAUGUGUAAAUACACGUUCAAUAAAUAUCUGUAACUAGUGUGAAAUAGUCUUCGAGUGCAGAAUCUCAUCGGAGAAUUCAUUUUUCUGUAAAAAUCUAAAAAUGUUAAGUGCUUCCGACUGCCUACAGGACUGGAAUCCUAAAGAUUCAAAGGGCAAUCUCCUCAGUGCUUUGCAUCUCAUUGCUAACAGAGGCCAUUAUAGUCUAACAAGCACCUAUAAAAGAAAUCGUGAUGCUCUUACACUCUUUUUUUUUUUAUCAUUUAUGUAGAAAAAUAUUUAUUUAGUUACUUGGUUGGUUACCAUUCUUCUAAUUUGUCCACACUGAAUCAAGUUUCUACUAAUGCAUAUUUAAUGACCGAAUAUUUGACACCAUUACCACCGUAAUCCAGAGUGUUGUGGUAUUUAAUGUGAACUAUGUAGAUAGUGCAGUUCAGUGUGUCCGUUUAUUUGUGUGUUGUGUCAAAUGAAUGAAUAAAGUGUAUUUAAAAGACCGCGCUUUAUUCUAGUAGACGUAUGCCUUCAAGCUACUUUGCACUGCCAUCUAGUGGGCUGAAAGACACAUGACAUGGCACGCAAC